AUGUCGCAAAAUGCUGCAAAUGAUGCAUGUUCAUGGUGGUGGGCUAGCCACCUUAGGACAAAGCAAUCAAAAUGGAUUGAGCAAAGACUUCAAGAUAUGGAAGUGAAGGUGCAAGAUGUGCUUAAGCUCAUCAGCGAGGAUGGAGACUCCUUUGCCAAAAGAGCUGAGAUGUACUACGAGAAGCGGCCCGAACUGAUACAGUAUGUAGAAGAAUCUUUUCGUGCCUUUCGAGCCUUGGCCGAACGAUAUGACCACCUAUCAAAAGAUCUGCAAAAUGCCAACCAUACGCUUGGUACUGUUUGUCCAGAAAAGUUGCGAUUUGCAAUGGACGAGGACGAUGAAUACGGUAGCCCUGAAUUUGGAAAGAAUUCUGAUGCUCCGAAGCUUAACAAGGCAGCGAUAAAAUAUUUGAAACAUCUGAAAACAACAGGCUGGGAGCAAUUGCAAACCAAUAAGUACUCAAAAGCAGUAGAGAGUAAUGAAGUCGUUGAAAAAUCCGGUUUAAGUAAAAGUGAAGCUCUUGAACAGAUUGACAAGCUUCAGAAAGAAAUUCUCGUGUUGCAAACUGUAAAAGAGUUUGUUAAGACCUCUUACGAAAGUGGGAUUGCAAAAUAUUGGGGAAUCGAGAAUCAGAUGAUGGAAAUGCAGCAAAAACUCUGCAGGUUACGAGAUGAAUUUAAUGUUGAAACCGUCGUUGAGGAUGAUGAGGCUCGAACUUUAAUGGCUCAAUCGGCAUUGAAGUCAUGUGAAGAAACUUUGAUUCAUUUGCAUGAGAAACAAGAAAGAUAUAUCCAAGAAGCGAGAGAGGAAUACAAGAAGAUUGAAGAUGCUAGUCGUCUACUGAAGUCCCUCAGGCCCGAGUAUCUUAAUGAUGAAACUGAUAAAAAAGCACCAACUGAGAGCUCAACUAAAGAAGUGGACGAUGAGAUACAAGAGAAGCACGAAGUCAAGGAAAUACUGGAGAAAAAAGAGCCCGAGGAUCCAGGCUCCUCGGAAUCUCUCUCUGUCAUGGAAUUGACUGAGAAUAUUGAUGAACUUGUCAAUAAGGUGAUCAGCCUAGAAACUGGAAUGUCAUCUCAGACUGUUCUUAUUAAUAGAUUAAGAACAGAAGCUGAUGAUCUCCAUGCACAGAUUCGGGAUUUGGAAAACGAAAAGGAGACUCUAAUUAAUGGAACGCAUAAUAGGAGUAGCAAGGUGAAAGAAUUGGAGGAAAAAUUGCACAUGCUUCAUGAGCUAAAUAAAAAUGUGGAAGAUCAAAACCACAAUCUCCAUAUGAACUUUGUUGAAGCUCGUUCGAGUCUUGAUCACUUGUCUGAAAAACUGACUAGUGUGAAGCCAGACGAAGCACCGGAGGUCACUGAUUCAUUGCAAGAUGACAAGGGGCAUGUUGUUAAAGUCGAGUUGCAAGACGCGCCAAGUCCUGAUAAAAACCUUUAUGCUUCAAAAACAGAAGAUGGAGUGCAAGUGAAAGAUGUGGAUAUAAUGCAGCAGGGUCGGGAGGCAUCUGAUAAUAUUCCACAAACUGAAAGUGAAAAGGCGACUAAAAAAACUGUCACGUUUUUGGACCCAAAAGCAGAGGAAGAAGUUUCUAAAGAACAUUCAACCCAAAGAGGGAAUGAGCUUCUCAACAAUAAAUCACAGGAAGAUGAAGAGAGAAAAGAAGAGCUAAACUGGCAGCUGAUGCUCUUGAAUGGACUAGAGGACAGAGAGAAGAUUAUGCUAACAGAAUAUACUGCGAUUCUCAGGAAUUAUAAAGACGUGAAGCGUAAACUUAGUGACAAGGAGAAGAAAGACAAGGACGUACAAUUUGAGACCACAGUGCAAAUGAGAGGAAUGAAAAAUGCUAUUGCCAAAAGGGAUGCAGAAAUUCGACAAUUACGAAAAAAGUUGAACCUUCUUCAAGGGAAAUUGGGUGAAAAUAAUGAUUUUGAAUUGAAUGGUCAUGCCAAUCUUCCCAUUACGAACGAAGAAGAUAAAAUCAAGUUCGUCUUCAUUGAUAAAGAUCCUGCUAUUUCAGUUGUUGAGGAAAAGCUCCAGAGGGAUAUUGAUGCAAUACUAGAUGGAAACUUGGACUUUUGGUUAACAUUUAGUACUGCAUCUCAGCAGAUCAAGAACUUCAAGACUGAGGUCCAAGGUUUACGGGACGAAGUUGCAAAACUUGAUGAGAAAAAGAAACAAGAAGGAAGCAUUAAACCGGACCUAAAACCAGACUGCCAACUAAUAUACAAGCACCUGAGAGAGAUACAGACUGAACUAACAGCGUGGGUGGAGCAAAACGUGUCCCUAAAACAUGAACUAAACUGCAGAUUUGAAUCUUUAUAUCAUGUUGAGGAAGAAAUCAAAAAGGCUUUCGAUGGUCCUGAAGAAGACGAAAUUAUCUUAAGAAGUUAUCGAGCUGCAAAGUUUCAAGGCGAGAUUUUGAAUAUGAUACAAGAAUAUAAGAAGAUUGAAAAAGAACUUCAAUCAGGUUUCGAUGACGUGACUGCAUUCCAACUCGAAAGUGAAACCACACUACAGAAGUUGAACAAUGAAUUUGGUAUUUCGGGUUCUCAACAACAGUCGAGGCAUUCCAUGAACCGGCCUCGAGUUCCAUUACGAGUAUUUAUCUUUGGAACUAAACCAAAGAAGUACAGGCGUUCGUUCUUCUCUUGUAUAAGGCCUAACAGAAAAGUCCAGGCCCUGAGAGGAGGCAUAUAUUGA